UGGGGCAGUGUCACCAAAAUCAGGAAACUGAGUGUUGCUAUUAAUACGACAGCACUAAGUGUGGUACUUGGUGAAAGCUUAUGUAGUGUCAGUCGACAGAGAAACCUAAGGGACACGCUAAGGCAGCGAUGCCUUAGAUCUGGGGUGAUUUUCAAGCCUUCGCAGCCAUGGAAGAAGAAGCCUCAAGUAUUGAGUCAGCAAACGGCGGCGCUCCCGCGGAACCUGAGCUGGUGAUCCUGCACGCGGCCGAGGCCCAUAAAUGGGCCACGUACCUGCGGGUGAUCCUCAUCUCGUCCCAGAAGUUCCCCAAAAGCUCCAUUCUGCUGUACUCGCUCAGCCCGGAGGACCAGCUCCACGGGUACAACUUCCAGCACCUGCGGGGCUGCAGCUGCGUCGUGGUGCUGGUCAGCGGCGCCUUCGUGGACCUGCUGUGCGACCCCGAGCUGCACGCGGCGCUGCACCGGCUCCUCCACCCCCCGCGCAGGGUGGUGGCGCUGCUCUGCGGCAUCGCCGAGGACGACGUGCUGGCGGACAGCUUCGAGCACUGGCACAGCUGGAGGAAGCUCUACGCCGACGACGAGCCCGUCGUCUAUGUUGACACCAUUUUGGAAUCCUUCAGAGACCGUGGACCUGUGGAAGCUGUGCACGAGAGCGAGCUCGCGGCCAUAGAGGAGUUGCACAUCGCGGAUGACUCUUUUCCCGAACCUCCCGCCGAGGAUGAAACGGAGGAAGCGGCGCCGGAGGAGCUGCCAGAUCCAGUCCCAGAGGAUGAAGAGGAGCCCGUGGCGGUGGAGGAUCUGGCUCCACCAGCGCCGCUCACCUGUCUCACUGUUCAACCAGACAGAGUCCUCUGUGGGGGAGGAGAGACACUUUUUAUCAUUUUCACUCAUAAAUUAGAGGACCAGUCGGCACCGGAGGUGGAGUUCUCGUCUCAUACCGCAGCUACGUGUACGACAAAGGUCCAGGCUGUGGUGGAGAACGACUACACCAUAAGCGUUGUGGCGCCUGAUAUGCCUGCCGGAGUCGUCUCGCUCACCGUGCACACCGACUGCCUGUGUGCCGACCUGAGGCCUGUCACAUAUUACACCAGCAUGGGAGAGGUCAGCCGAUAUCUUGAAAAGGCCGCCGAUCCACUCAAUUUCAUUUGCCAGGCCUUCAAUUGGACGUGUAAUACAACAGAAUCGCUGGACGUCAUGUUGACGGACUCGCUCAAAUCUAGGCUGCCUUCAGCCGGUUUUCAGCUGUUUGGAAUCAGACAGAUCGAAGAGGAAAACAUGACCACAUACCAGCGGAACGAGGAGCUCCCCACACUGCUGCACUUUGCUGCUAAAUACGGCCUGAAGAAGCUGACCACGGUUCUCCUGCAGUGUCCCGGCGCGCUGCAGGCCUACAGCGUGAUGAACAAGAACGGAGACUACCCCAACACGCUGGCCGAGAGGAGCGGCUUCUCUGACCUCAGGCAGUUCAUGGACGAUUUUGUGGAGACAGCCGACAUGCUCAAGUCUCACCUGGAGGAAACCAUCAACCCCGAUGAGGGCGCAGAGGUGUAUGAGCACAUGUCGAACACCUCUCAGGACAUUAUGAUGAAGUAUUCAGGUUGUUCAGAGGACAUUUAUGAGUCAAUGCUGGGGAUUGACCCUGAAUGUGCAGGAGACCUAUAUGAGGUGAUGAACGCAGUAAACGAGAACCCAGAGGAAGCCAUGCUCCGGACGUUUUUUCAAGCCAAACCUCACAAGAAUGCAGUCGGGGACAACAAGGAGCCCCUAAACUACGGGGAGGAAGAACGCGAUGUGAAUGGCCUGAAUCACAACGAAGAGGAGGAGGAUCCGUACAACCUCUGCCCAGAAGACGUCUACGACAUGGUGGACGACAACAGCAGCUGUACCCCAGUAGUCCUGAACCGCCCACCGGCCCCGCUACCCAGACCCGAGUCUGAGGUGGAGCCAGACAGGGCCAUGGCCUACAUAUCUAAAGUAUUUUCAGAUAAAUCUGCACCAAAUAAAACCUUGGAGAUGGAGUAUUCUGCAGUCCGGCCUGUGGUAGAGGCCCCGACGCCUAUUUACGACCCCUACGCUGGGAUGAAGACGCCAGGACAGAGGCAGCUCAUAUCGCUGCAGGAGAGGGUGAAAGUGGGCGAGAUCACCGUGGACGAAGCCGUCCAAGAGUUCAAGGCCUGGCAGUUCGACCACGAGCGGAGGUCGAGCUCCAUACGCUACCAGCAGGACAAUCUGAAGAAGUUACGCGAAAGCAUCACCAGGCGCCACAAAGAGAGAGAGAAAACAGGAAAGGAGCUCGAUUAUGAGAUAAGCGCCCCCCUGCAGAGGAACUUCUACUGGGGCUCCAACGUGACGCUGGAGUGCGCCGUGUACGAGUCCACGUCGCGGCUGCCGGCGGCGCCGCCCGCGGCGACCCAGGUCAUCCAGAGAGGCAACUGGAAGACUGGCAGCACGUCUAGCACAUCCAGUACUGAGAGCAACAGACUCAGCACUCACAGCACUUUUAGCUUCAGCAGCGGAACAGAGCCGGACUUUGAGGACACAUUAGAAGGUCUCCCUCCUCCUCCUCCUCGACCUCUGCGCUCGUCUGACGCACCCGUUCUUCCUCCUCCUAGGGUUCCUCCACGGAUCCCAGAAAGGGUACAAGAUAAGGUUCUGCAGGAGCGCUACAUUUCCUGCCCUACACGGCCCCCUCCUCAAAGACCCUCCUACAGACAAACAAACUCAGCACCUCCCGUUCCUCGGCGGCGGUGAUCCGUUUGUGGUCGUUUUACAGUAUUGAGUUGGGAGGAGUUAUGGCCCAGAGGACGCCACCAUCAGGACCAUCAGGAUCCACUCCUGAUGGUCGUUUUGCUUGGCUUUCUUUCUCUAUUUUUCACCUGAGUUGCCUAAUUUGUGUGUGUGUGUGUGUGUGUGUGUGUGUGUGUGUGUGUGUGUGUGUGUGUGUGUGUGUGUGUGUGUGUGUGUGUGUGCUGAGAUAUUUUUUAUAUAUGUGUUAUGUUUAUUACUGUAAAAUAUAUGAGUGUGGUAUUCUGAACUUGUUAUAAUUGUAAAUAAUACUUUUUUUCAUACCUUUAAAGUAGUUAAAGUCCUAAUUCUACAGUAUUUAUCAGCAUUUAGAACGCUUAAUCAUCUAUGAGGUAUUGCUUAUAUUUGUGACUGUAGCUUUAGUUUCACAGAUCCAACAGUUGCUUGGUGACUGACAGUGAUGAUCAUAAUUAUUACAACGUUAUGCAACAUUGUUUAAAGUAACAAUGUUUUAGAAGCAAUAUUUAGGAAGUGCUUUCAGAAGGUGACUCUUUUUUAUAAUAUCACUUAAAGUGUCAUGUUGAUAUGUAUCAAUUCGAAUAUGUGCCUAAUAAAUUCAACUGAGUGUAUUUCCUCUAUUAA